UGUCCCGGAAGGAAUUCGCGGUUGCACAACCCGGUGUUACAUGACCUAACCAAGGAGCGUUUAGUAAGGAAACCUUCUGCUUCACUCACCUAACGAUUGUGUGUAGUAUGAUGACCAGUUGUCCGAGAUGUCUACAGCAGCAGGACGAAUUUUCACCGGUCUGACACGAUUAUCCUUCAGUCGACGGAUUUUAAUUCACAGCUCGACCGUGAGAGGACUAAAUGGUGCACGGUCCCUAGCUCUGAGCUCUCAGAGGCCAGCCAGGUCCAAGAGGCCUGCAGGUGAUGAAGAGGGGGUGAACAAUGAGCCCAUCAAGUUCUCCACCAGUAAAGCAAGUCACAGGACCUGGAAAGUGGACCGCUCCAUGGGGAGCCAGUUUGAAAUACCCUGGUGGAAAGUCUUCCCAAUCAGCCUUUUGGGCAUCGGCUUCCUCCUGUGGUGUUCACUGAGACAAGAGUCGGACAUUGAUGCACAGCUGGAGAAGCAGCUGCAUGAGCAUUUACCUGGCUUGCUUUCAGAUGAAGAGGAGGAACAAGACCAAAAUAAAUGAAGUUAACAAACAAGGACCUUCAGAUGUAUAUAUUUCAAGUUUUAUUUAUUGUGAAAUGUGUCUAGUAUUUCAGGCUGUGGCACCAACUCAUUGUUCUGACAGUGCUGAAGGUGUAGUUGUGAAACCGUCCAGCAUUCUGGAAACUCAUGAAUUGUUUGCAUCAGUGAAAAUUAAGGAUUACUUUAGACCAUACAUUGCCUUUUGUCAAGUUUCAGAAUAAUCAGAAGAGAUUAAAAAUGCCUUGAUUUAAA